CAUGAAUCGGGUGACCAUGUAGAGAAGUGUCAAGGAUGAAUAAUGCAGAAAACAAUAUAUAUACAUCGCAAUGAUGAUCUAAAGGCGGCCACAUCUUCCAGCUGAACUUAAUGCGAAUAAAAAACUUCUGGCCAUCUACCAUCCGUCAUUACUCACUCCCCAAGUUAUGUACAAUGUCAUGCGGAAAGCCAAACCAGAUCUGUCAAAAUUCAGUUUCUCAUGCUUGUGCCGUGCAACUGCCGUCGUUGAUAUCUCCAAAUACAGCGAUGGAGCUGAUGUCGAAAACCUCGUCCUGGAAGUUGAUCAAUGUGAGAGAGACAUUCGUGAUAGAGGCCAUUCCAGAUGUAUUGACAGGCCCAAACACAACUGUUUGACCCUGAUGGUUCGCAGCAGUUGCAGGGGCAUCUGGCAAUUCCGUGCAAUUAUUGCCGUCGUUGAUAUCGCCGAAAAUGCUAAUCGAAGAGAUGUCGAAGAUUUCGUCUUGAGCAUUGACGAGCGUGAGAGCUACGUUGGACAAUGGGACUUGGGGCAGAGUAAAGGGGCCAAAGAGCGUUCCCAAGCCAAGCAGGCGCGCUUCGAUAGGUUUGACCAGCGGCGAAGGAAUGGCGCUGGUCGCACUACUGUAGAGUAGUGGAAGGAUCA